AUGGCUGUUCCAAACGACACCAUCACCCCCACCUUUUUUGUCUCCAGCAGCAUCUACAUCCCGCCCCUCCUCCUCGACUUCUUCAUGGUCUUCAACCUGCUCAUCUUCGGCGAGAUCGUCGGCGUCCUGGGCAUUGUCGGCAACAUCAUCAACAUCAUCGUCUUCUACAAGCAGGGCCUGAAAGACAGCGUCAACAUCAGCCUGGCCGCGCUGGCUCUCAGCGAUAUCGGGUCGUUGAUGUCGCUGCAGAUCAUCAACGUCAUGUUGAAUCCCUGGUUUAUCAGCGCCAGCCAGAUCGUACGAGCCUACGACUUCGUCAUCAUGGUCGCCUUCUACCCCCACAACUACUUCAUCCGUGUGUGUGGUUUCAUCACAGCCUUCGUCUCCCUGGAGAGAUGUCUGUGUGUGGUGGCGCCGUUAAAGGUGAAGCGAAUCAUGACGCCACGCGUAGCCGUGGUGGUCAAUGUUCUCAUCUUCACCGUCACGCUGCUGGACAUGUUCCCCGUGUACUACACGGCGUACCUCGACUGGAAGUUUUACCCCGGCCUCAACAGGACGAUGGUGGGGAUGGUGUUUAGACAGAACCCGUACCUCGUCUACGCCGCCUCCUACAUCAUCACCGACCUCUUCAUCCCUUACUUCACUUUCUUCGUCAUCAUCACCAGCACCGUCAUCAUAGGGAUCAGACUCAGCAACCGGGCACUAUGGCGGCAAUCUGUGUCAAAGGUCACCAAGGCCGACAACGUCUCCACUAAGGAGAAGAAGGUUGUGGUCAUGUUGGUGACCGUGACCUUGAUCUUCAUCGUCUGCCUCCUCCCCCAGUCCGCCUUUCUGACGGCCACAAGUUUCGUGCCCGGGUUGGUGUUUUUCGGCACGAACUCUGACCUCUCGUUCCUGUGUUACUGCAUGUGUUACCUGACGGAGACCGUCUCGUCGUCCGUCAACAUCGUCGUGUACUACCGCAUGAGCGGCAGGUACAGGGAGACUUUGGUCAGCGUGCCGGGAUUCAGGAGGUCCAAGUAG